UGCUUCCUCUGCUCUCCACGCAAUAAUUUACCAAAUAAAUAAAUAAAUAAAUAAAUAAAUUCUUUCCCAUUUAUUCACUCAACCCAGAAAAGCUAUUAGCUAUAAUAAAUAAUCUAAAUUUCUUGACAAAAUUGAAAAUUAUGUCUCUAUUUAUGAUUACUUGUUUAAGAUUUUAAUGCAGAGAUAUUAAGGGGAAAAAUAAAAUAAAAAUGGCUUCUCUACAGAUGCUGAACCCUGUGUUUUCUUCCAUUUCCAUUUCCCACUCAAAAUUUCCAGGAAAAUCUGAUUCCAGGAACAAAACCCUCAACUUCAAUAGUUGUAGAAGCUUCAAGUCCUUGCACAGCCAAAGAUCUAUUAUUCGUUGUGCAACUCAAGAUGAUGACAACAAAAACAAUGGUGAAGAGUCACCUGAGUCACUGUUUCUGAAGGAGUUGAAGAGGAGGGGGAUGGCACCAACUUCAUUGGUAGAGGAUGCUAAAAAUACCAAUUAUGGAUUAGAUGAGGAGAUGAAAGUAGGGGAAGAAAGGGGAAGUGUCUCCAAAAGGAAUGUUGUGUCAACUGAAUUUGAUCAAAGCUUAUCUAAUCAAAGGGAACGAUCCAUGGAGUUGAAUAGUGAAGGCCUUGAGGGGCUGGUUCCGCGGGCUAAACUGUUGCUAACACUAGGAGGAACUUUCUUCCUCAGCUUCUGGCCUUUCAUCCUUUCAACUAUAGCAUUCUUUUCUGCUCUCUACCUUUAUUUCGGACCAUCUUUCAUUCACGAUGGAAGUAAGACACCCGUUUCACCACCGCAAUACAUAGAUCCUUAUACACUUCUGGAAGAUGAAAGGAUUUCUCAAACUGCCCCUCAUGUAAAUUGAAGAACAAGUGUUCCCACCAUACAAGAAAAUUCUUGGGGUUUAAAUAACAGGUUUAUAUUGUCAUAUUUCCUUCACCUCCUGUAAUCUUUGUAAAUACAAAUAUCAGCAGGAACUUCAUGCGAUAGCUCAGUGUCUUCCAUACUGUUUUUACUGAGACAAUUCCCGGCCAAAUUGGCCUCAAUUACACAUAUAGAUGACUUUA